AUGUCCAAACUGUGGUGCAAGGCGCCGUUUGUGUACGUUAAUGGCAAAGAGGUUUGGGAUGGUGGCGGUGCUCUUUCUGGACCGCAGCAGACGGGCCUGUUACUGCAGUGGAACAGCACGAUAAAAACAUCCACCGGUCCUGAUCCAAACCACACGGACACUGAGAGUCCUCGCGGAGUGCUGGUAGAUCUACUAGACGUCUGUGAGCUGAAAAAGACACCAGAAGAGUUGAACAAGGAGGAAAUGCAUGAAGACGUGCACAAACCACUGCGUUACGUCAAUCAGAUGGAAGCUCCUGCAGCAUCUGUGUGUGAUGGAAACGUUGGUGUGAGAGCGUGUCGGCGGUCAGAGAGGACAAACAGUGACGUAAACCUCUCAGAAUCAGCGCUCAGGUGUCUAGAAGAAACAAAUGAUGGAGAUCCUGUGAUGACUGAGUCUGAGUUUCCCAAUAUUGAAUAUCAGAUUCACUCAGACAUUGAUAACAUGCUCUCUGCAUUCAACCAGCUUGAUGCACAUGCAGAAACAGACCGUGAGGUGGAUUCAUCCGUGUCAAAUAGACUCACUCAUCCCAGUGCUGACAUCUUCCUGGGGUUUGAUUCUGACGCUGGGAGUGAAGCCCUUGGCAGCCCAGUGUUUGAUUUGGCGGCUUUGCUUGCAGACUCUCAGCAGGUUCAGACACCAGCGGAGCCCAUCGGCUGGCAUUUUCCCGUAGGCCUUGGGCUGUCACAGAUGUGUUAUUGCCCUUAUGUGCAGUUUCCUGACGUCAGCUAUUAUCCUGCGCUUCAGGAUAGUGACAGCAUUGAAGGUGGGAACCCCAGAUUUAACCCCAGACAAAAGUUUGGACUUUUUAAUGGUUACACCUGCAUCUACAAACGCCGCACUGGGACCAAAACGGACGGCUGUGCAGUGUGUUAUCACAGCGACCGCUUUACCCAGCUUUCCAUCAAUCUGCUGGAGUUUCGCCAAUCGGACUGCGAGCUGCUAGAUCGUGACAACGUGGGCAUUGUGCUGCUCCUCCAGCCGAUGGCAGGGCAGAAUGAAGUGUUCAGCCCCAUAUGUGUGGCCAACACACACCUGCUGUUCAACCCCAGGAGAGGAGAUGUGAAGCUCGCCCAGCUGGCCAUCGUGUUUGCUGAAAUUGACAUCAUGAUCAAAAAAUGCAGGAGUGAAGGAAGACGCUGUUACACCUGCAUCUACAAACGCCGCACUGGGACCAAAACGGACGGCUGUGCAGUGUGUUAUCACAGCGACCGCUUUACCCAGCUUUCCAUCAAUCUGCUGGAGUUUCGCCAAUCGGACUGUGAGCUGCUAGAUCGUGACAACGUGGGCAUUGUGCUGCUCCUCCAGCCGAUGGCAGGGCAGAAUGAAGUGUUCAGCCCCAUAUGUGUGGCCAACACACACCUGCUGUUCAACCCCAGGAGAGGAGAUGUGAAGCUCGCCCAGCUGGCCAUCGUGUUUGCUGAAAUUGACAUCAUGAUCAAAAAAUGCAGGAGUGAAGGAAGACGCUGUGAGGUGGUUUUAUGUGGGGACUUUAACGCUUUACCCAACAGCCCUCUGUGGAAUUUCAUCACCACCGGACAGCUUUACUACCACGGGUUACCUGCUUGGAUGGUUUCAGGUCAGCUGGAUUUGUCGUAUAAAGUCCAUCACACAAGGCUUUUCUCCCCGUUGUGGCCCAGCAGCCUCGGCAUCACUGACGGCUGUCAGUACUGGUCUGAUGCACAGACCACAGCUUCAGUAGACAAUCGUCAGUACAGCGCUGAGUUUCUGUGUCAGCUGCGAUACUGUCCGGCGGCGUGUGUGCGGCCCGCUGAUCUGGAGCUCAUACCAGGAGUCACUGAUAAAACACCAGACCCAGAAGACAUGGACAUGUUUAGUUCAAGGUUUGGACACACGUUGCAUCACGCGCUGAGCCUGAGGUCAGCUUACAGUCCUGUCCAGCCCGACACGCAGACGGCUGUGGUCAGCUCUCUGAACUCCGAGGGAGGAGCGAUGCUCGACUACAUCUUCUUCUCCAGCCGCAGGACCGGCUCCGCUGCAGCUGAAGAGAGCGCUGCUGGGUUGAAGCUGCUGGGUCGUUUGUCUCUGCUGUCUGCGGCUGAUCUCUGGUCUCUGCGAGGACUUCCUAACGAAGCGUUCCCGUCUGAUCAUCUCAGUCUGAUCGUCAAGCUUCAGCUUCCUCCCGUCUGACCCGAACAUUUGACAAAUGUAAGGAUUGCUUGUCUUUAUCAUUCAUUUUCAUUGCCUUACAAUUGGAUUGUGAAAGAAAAAAAAAACAAUUUUUGGUCAGGUGAAUAUUUAGUUUUCUGUUCAGUAACAGAGCGAGUGUUUGCACGUGUGAAAUAUUCUCCAGCGUGAUGUUUGAUGUGAGGAAAUACGAUGCACCGUUUAUGAUUGACAUGUUCAAGAUAAUGUAAUCAGAAUGCACUUACAUGCAUUUAUUAGUUUUCAGUUUGUUUCUUUUGGUUUUGAAUUUAUAUUUUGAACGGAGCUAAAUAAAUAAC